CCGGAAACCGCGUGUUCCGGCCGCGAACCGUGGCGCUGCCGCCGUGCGACCAUGGGCCGGAGGCGAGCGCCGGACACCGCGUCCCUCGGCCGGGCCCUCAUCCGCCAGCAGGCGCAGCGGAGCCGUGGCCAGCGCCACCCCGACGCCUGGUUACACACCAGUGAGCUCAAUGAUGGCUACGACUGGGGCCGGCUCAACCUGCAGUCCAUCACUGAGCAGAGCGCCCUGGAUGAUUUCCUUGCCACCGCGGAGCUUGCAGGAACGGAGUUUGUAGCUGAGAAACUUAAUAUUAAGUUCGUACAUCCCGGAACUAGAACUGGACUACCAUCUUUUGAGGAGAGUGAGAGAAUUAAGCAGCUCCAUGAAGAAAACAGACAGUUCUUGUGUAUACCACGGAGACCAAAGUGGGACAAAAGUACUAGUCCAGAAGAACUCAAACAGGCAGAGAAAGAUAACUUUCUAGAAUGGAGACGUCAGCUUGUCCGGCUAGAAGAGGAACAAAAGCUGUUACUAACGCCAUUCGAAAGAAAUUUGGACUUUUGGCGCCAGCUGUGGAGGGUGAUUGAGAGAAGUGAUAUUGUGGUCCAGAUUGUAGAUGCUCGGAACCCGCUCCUGUUCAGAUGUGAAGAUUUGGAAUGUUACGUAAAAGAAAUCGAUGAGAAUAAGGAGAACGUCAUCCUGAUAAAUAAGUCGGACUUGCUAACUCCUGGGCAGCGGAGUGCUUGGGCAACACAUUUUGAAAAAGAAGGUGUGAAGGUUAUUUUCUGGUCUGCUUUGGCUGAAACCAUUCAACUGGCUGGUGACCAUAAGGAGGGAGGAAACGAAGCUACUGGAGAGUCGUCUGAGUUGGAAGGUUCAAGCAGUGCCGCGAGUGAGGAAGAUGACAGUGAGUACGAGGACUGUCAGGAGGAGGAGGAGGAAGGCUGGCAGACGUGUCUGGAAGAGGACAGUCCAGAUGAGGAGAGCUGCAGCCAGGACCGGCAGGAAGCCACGCGUGUGGAAUCCAGGCCUCAGGGGAGGGAGGCCCCAGCAACGAAGCCGAUACGCAAUUUCAGCCACCUGGUAUCCAAGCAGGAAUUAUUGGAGAUCCUGAAGGAGCUGCAUACUGGGAAGAAGGCAAAAGAUGGGCAACUUACUGUGGGACUGGUGGGAUACCCAAAUGUUGGUAAGAGCUCAACAAUCAACACCAUCAUGGGCAACAAGAAAGUGUCCGUGUCUGCCACGCCUGGUCACACCAAGCACUUCCAGACGCUGUACGUGGAACCCGGCCUCUGCUUAUGUGACUGUCCUGGCCUGGUGAUGCCGUCCUUUGUCUCUACCAAGGCAGAAAUGACUUGCAAUGGAAUCCUCCCUAUUGACCAAAUGCGAGACCAUGUCCCACCCAUAUCACUAGUUUGCCAGAAUAUUCCAAGACAUGUUUUAGAAGCUACCUAUGGCAUUAGUAUAGUAAUGCCUACAGAGGAUGAAGAUCCCACUCGACCACCAACAUCAGAAGAACUGUUAACAGCUUAUGGGCGUAUGCGAGGUUUCAUGACAGCACAUGGGCAGCCAGAUCAGCCUCGGUCUGCACGCUAUAUCCUAAAGGAUUACGUCAGUGGUAAACUGCUAUACUGCCACUCUCCUCCCGGAAGCGAGCCUGUGGCCUUUCAACAUCAACACCAGCAACUCCUCGAGAUGAAACUGAAGGGUGAUGAAGUAAAAAUACAGUCUGGAGGGAAUAAGAAAGUCAAAAAGAUUCAAAAUGUUAUUGAUGAAACUUUUUUCCAUCAAGAAAAUGUCAGAGCUUUAACCAAAGGAGUCCAGGCUGUGAUGGGCUACAAACCUGGCAGUGGCCUGGUGACAGCAGCUUCUGUGAACUCUGAGAGCAGGGCUGGGAAGCCCUGGAAGAAGCAUGGCAACAGGAAUAAAAAAGAGAAGAGUCGCAGACUAUACAAGCACUUGGAUACAUGAACACGAGCUGCAGCAGAAAUGGCGUCUGCAUUGUGCAUCGGUGCAGAAGCGUAGCUGCUGCUUGUCCCUGUGGUGCUGUGCGACGGAGCCCCCAGAGUCAGAGUCCAGACUGAAGGCCCUGGCUGGGCCAGCUCCAGCCAACAUACACCUCCUGGAAUACCAGAAAUCUAAUUGAGAAGACUGAGUGUAAGAAGAGGGGGUGAGCAAUGAGUAUUUAUUUGUGUCGACACAUACACAAAUGCAAUCAUUUGUAAUUUGAAAGAUAUUAAAAUCAGAUCGCCUCUAAAUGUGUUUUAGUGGUUUACAUGAG